AUGGCCGACACAUUGGAAGAGAACUAUCUCUUGGACGAGCACGAUGCAGUCUCGGUCGUAGGCUCCGAUGACGGCGCUGUCAGCGUCCAAGACGAGCCCGUGCUCUCGAACGAGGCAUCCGAGGACGCUGCGCCAGCUUCCACAUCCAUGCAGCAAGAGAGCAAAGACGAAGCGGCGCGCAAGCUCGACAAGAAGCGCAAGCGCAAGGAGAAGGAAAAGGCCCGCAAGCAAAAGCGUGCUGCAGUCUCGGCAGAGCUCGCGCAAGGAGUCGGCUCGGUGGCCACGCAGCCAUCCGAUCUGCAAGCCGACUACCUCACCUCCAAGCAGAGCGCCUCGUUUGCCAAGCUGAGCGAGCUGGAAUUGGAAGAACUUCGCCUGCGCGAGUCGAUGCUCUUGGAUACGACCGCAUUCGACAAGCCUCGUACCGUCGACACGCUCGCCGACUUUGUUCGCAAAUGCAUGCCGUCGAUAGCCAAGAACAUCGUCGACAGCCAGCAUCCAAGCGUUUCCAAGCCAGGCCAUCCUGCGCUCGUCAUCUUGACCGGAAACGCUCUACGUGCGGCCGACCUGGCACGUGGCCUUCGAUCCUUGGGUCCUCAGCUGCCCGAUUCAGAAGAUCGCUCUACAGGCCCCGCGAAGAAGCGCAAAGUCACCAAUGGCUCCAACAAGGCGCAGAAGGACGAUGCCGACGCCAAGUCGGGAAGCAAGGAUAGCAAGGCGCUGCUGGGCGGCUUUUCCGUGGCUAAGCUGUUUGCGCGCCACUUCAAGCUCAAGGAGCACGAGGCCUGGCUGCGCGAACACACGACGCCACUCGCAGCCGGCACGCCCCAGCGCGUAGCGGCGCUCAUCGCAUCGGGAAGCCUGCAUCUCGACUCGCUCCAGGCGCUCGUCAUUGACCAGACUUGGGUCGACGCCAAGCAGCGCAACGUCUUUGACACUUUUGAAACGAGAGCCGAGCUCAUGAAGCUGCUCGCGCUCGAUGCGGUUAUGGCCGCCCUCAAGCGAUCUACCUCGCCAACCAAGCUCGUCCUCUUUUGA